AUGCAGUCCCAGAGUGUCAAAGCCGACGGAAAGGGGCGUGGUAAUUUUUUUGAAACGCUGUUGGAUGUCAGCAACAACAAGCAGUCAUCGUCGAAACAAAACUUUGUUCUGAAUUUAAUACUUCCGCUUCUUCCUGUAACAGAAUCCAUUAAAGAGGCAAAGGAUUUAAUGAAAGAAGAACUGUCACAAUUGUUUUACGGUAGAAGACUCUGCUGUGAUAUGCAGCGCCUUGUAGGUAGUAGUACCGACGGCCUGGCACUGCCAGAAAUAACACACAUGGUCAGAUCAAGGUCAUACAAGGAGGUCAAUGAUGAAGACAUCAUAUAUUUGUUCCCCUACCUCAAGGUUGAUCCUUAUCAUCGUCGCGCAUUUGCAAGGCCUGUUUCUAUUAGUAGUCAUCCGGGUUACAUACAGCUAGUUUUCAACUCCGAUUGGUUAAAACAAAGGAAGCUGUAUUAUGAUCAAUUUGAUAUGAUCUACCACUCAAAAAGUAAUUUCGAAGAAGCGAAUGAGUUUGUUGAUAGCGAGGGAUUUGUCUUGCGAGAAAACCUUGCUCGAAAACUGAGAAAAGAAGUAAAAAUAGAAGUACAUGACAAAUAUAAAGAAGAAAGUUCGAUUCGAAUUUAUGAUGGAAGAAAUGUGUCUGUUGAGUAUUCACACCACGGUCCAGCAUUUACCGCCGAGGUUUGUGAAAGGACCUUCAAUGUUCAUUACUCAAAGGACUACGUGCUAGCAAUACCUCAUCCGAGCUGGCCUGCUGAAGCGGAGUCCUGGCGACACAGAAAACGCGCUUGGCCGCCCAUAUCAGUCAUUAACGCGGCCGUCAAAUGUGGCUGUGAUGUCGUCCCAAAAUCACAUAAAAAUAGCAAGGAUCCACGAGAAUUUAUUCUUUCCUUCGGUUUAGCGUCGAGAACCGUUGCCCAUGCCCUAAAUAUUCCGCAGUUCCGUUGCUACAAACUGUUCAAAUACCUUUUUCGUUUCCAUAUCAAUAAAGUUAAACGCGGGUUGUCAACGUACCACUGCAAGCAGACCAUGUUUUGGGUAUGUGAAAAAAGUGAUCAAACAGAAUGGACGGAAAUGAACCCAUUCGAAUGUUUACAACGGUUGCUCUACCAAUUGGAAUCAUUUCUUGCUUGUCACAACCUACCGAAUUACUUCAUCAACGAUAACAACACAAUCGCACAUAUAAGUGGAGCGUCAGUGAAUGCUGUGAGGCGUGACGUCACUACACUUGGUGAUACUGGUUGGUCAGUCAUCCUGGAAUUGAUGCACACGAAACGUUUCUAUUGGUUGUCAAGAGAUAUUUCUCUGACGUCAUUAUUGUCUCCUCGUGUGUAUGGCGACGAACUUACAAAGCAAACUAUGAUUGAGACAGUGUUGGAAUAUGUGUCUGCACUACUAGACAAAGGAGAAAUAUUCCUAGCUUUAUACCUGUUAGGGAUUAACAUGCUUGAUGACAUGGGAAUGAGUACUUUUGUGGAACUUACAACCAAACGUCUCGAACAGGUUAUUAGACCUGGACUUGAAAAAAACACGAUAGUCUGCCUAUACGGACUGUUAGCGUCAUUGUAUCAUCAACAAGCGAUGUCGAUAAAAGACGAUGCUGGCGAGAGUGACGCUAUGAUAGAAAAAAGCCGAGCGAUUUUUGAUGAAAUCCUUGAAUACGUCGAUACCCAUAUUUGGAUUUAUGGAGAAUACUACAACCUGUUAUCGACAACAAACCAGCAUCAAAAACUCCUUGAUCAUUUUACUGUUCACCUACUUCCUAAUAAGUCCUCACGACAAGGCUUGUUGUACCAGGGAGGUAUCUAUUCGUCCAUUAACUUCCAUAACCGUCUAACCAUGGAUGUGUGUAUCCAGGAUGCUAUCGUUGAUUGUAGUGUUCCCAGCACAGCCUUCCUCUUUUUCAAAAUCAUUGAAACAUUGAUGGUCUUACACACAACCCAACGCGGUGAGAACAUUUUCUAUGGCACGGCUGUAAAGGCCUUGAAGCAUUUUGAUACAUGGGUCAAAUUUAAAGCAGCUAGAUACCCAGAAAUAUGUGAUGAACACGUGCAAGUAUUAUUAGCCUACAGUUAUAGCUGUAUCGGGCUUUCCGACGGCGCGGAGAAGUAUUUUGGUAAGGCCGCUAGUUUUGGAAUAGAUUACAAAGACGAAGGUGAACCUGAGGAUUUAAUCAGUACAGCCCCGGUUAUCAUUCGUCUUCGUCGAAUCGCUGACGAGCAGCGGUCGAGACACAGAAAACCAUAUGACAGAGUGUCUGUCGGUAAACAAAGAAAGUGUAGCAAACCCAUUCCUAUGAAAUUUGGUGAAGUGAGGAUUAACCCUUUCUUACAUUGUUGA